GCGGUGCCAGCGGCCUAGGCCUCUGCUGCGGCCUGUCGCCCCUCCCCCCGCCCCCGGAGCCCGGCCCGGCCCGGCCCGGCUCGGCUCGGCCCGGCCCGGCCCCGCCAUGCCGCACAGCUUCAAGCCCGGAGACCUGGUCUUCGCCAAGAUGAAGGGGUACCCGCACUGGCCGGCCCGGAUUGAUGACAUAGCAGACGGCGCUGUGACCCCGCCGAACAAGUACCCCAUCUUCUUCUUUGGGACACACGAGACAGCCUUCUUGGGACCUAAGGACCUGUUCCCUUACGACAAGUACAAGGACAAAUACGGGAAGCCAAACAAGCGAAAAGGCUUCAAUGAGGGAUUGUGGGAAAUCCAGAACAACCCCCAUGCCAGUUACAGUGCCCCUCCGCCAGCGAGCUCCUCAGACAGCGAGGUUCCCGAGAACGACCCAGUGGCAGGAAGCGAUGGAGGAGAGGAGGAAGAAGAAUCGGCUGCCAUGGCAGUUGCUGCUGUUGCUGCAGCGGCCAUGGAGAAGCUAGACAGCGAUGAGGAGUCCGACAAGGGGAGCGACCACAGUGGGCUGAAACGAAAAGCGCUAGCUAUGAAAAUGCCAGUGGCUAAACGACCCCGGAAAUCCUCCAGCGACCUCGACCAGGGCAGUGUGUCUCCCUCAGAAGAGGAGAACUCGGAAAGUUCUUCUGAGUCAGAGAAAAAUAGUGACCAGGACUUUACUCCAGAGAAGAAGCCAGUGGCCAGAGCUCCCAGGAGGGUGUCUGCAGGCGGAAGGAAGAAAAAGAAGGUGGAUUCAGGGUCCGACUCGGACUCCAAAGUGGAUUCGGAAGAGGAAAACGAGACUGUGGACGUGACUAAGUCGGACUCCGACUCGGACUCCGACUCGGACGUGUCUGUGAAGAAGGUUCCGCGGGGCAGGAAGCCAGCUGAGAAGCCACCCCCAAAGCCUCGUGGCAGGAAACCAAAGCCUGAGAGAGCUCCGACCAGCUCCAGCAGCGACAGUGACAGCGACAGCGACGUGGACCGCAUCAGCGAAUGGAAGAGGCGUGACGAGGAGCGCCGCCGGGAGCUGGAGGAGAAGAGGAAGAGGGAACAGGAGGAAGAGAUCCGCAGGCUCCGGGAGCAGGAGAAAGAGGAGAAGGAAAAGAAGAAGGAGAAGGCGGAGAAGGGGGAGGAGGCGCACUCAGACAGUGACAGCAGCAUGGAUGACGAGGUGGCCAGGAAAGGCAAGAAGAACCGAGGCAAGGACCAGUUGUCAUCGGACUCUGACUUGGAGCUGGAGAAAGAGGUAAAGAAGCCGCUGAAGAAGCAGCAGCCCUCUGAGUUGUCAAGGAAACCAAAUCUAAAGGAGAAGAGGGGCCGAUCGGAGGAGAAACCUCGCAACAAAUCCUUAAGAGUGGAACGAGGCCGGAGAAAGUCUGACGUGAUCCCAGAGAGGAGGAUGGAGAAGAAGAAGGAGCCCACAAUUGAAGAGAAACUUCAGAAACUUCACAGCGAGAUCAAGUUUGCCCUGAAAGUUGAUAAUCCGGAUAUCAAGAGGUGUCUGAGUGCGCUGGAAGAGCUGGGAACCCUGCAGGUCACCUCUCACAUCCUCCAGAAACACACUGAUGUGGUGGCUACGCUGAAAAAGAUCCGUCGCUACAAAGCUAACAAGGACGUGAUGGAGAAGGCUGCCGAGGUUUACACCCGCCUGAAGUCGCGCGUCCUGGGGCCAAAGAUCGAGGUGAACCAGAAAGCCAACAAAACUGGGAUGGAGAAAGACAAGGGAGACGUGGAGAAAGGCCAGGAGAAGCUGCCGGGAGGGGAGGCCCAGAACGAGAAAGGAGAGGAGGAGACGAAUGCCGAUCUGUCAGCCCCCGUAAACGGCGAAUCCAUGUCCCAGAAAGGGGAGAGUAUGGAGGAUAAGGAGCGAGACAAAGCCCAGGGAUCUGGUGACGGAGAGCAAGAGGCAUCCCCGGAAGACACACAUGAUGCGCAAGACUAUCCCGAGAUCAAAAGGCCCAGUAUGGACAGGGAGAGGGUCCGCCUGGAGUCGGAAUCCGUGGACGAGGAGGAGGACAGCUGAGGCCGUGGAUCUCGCGCGGAGGAGAACACUCGCAGGGUCUCUGCACUGAAGGCAGUGAAGGAGACCGGCUCUGCCUUGCCCCCAUGUUUCAGAGUUACUUCACUAAGUCGCACCGUAGAUGAUGCAUAGGUCUUGUUCCCCUGCCCCUCCUGCUCCUGUGAAAGGAAAGAACUUCUGGGGAGGCUCUGUGCUGUAUGUUUGUAUUUGUCUCCUUGGGGUUUUUUUGUCCCCCCCCCCCACCUAAAUUCUUGUGAUUUAAACCAACAUGAACUGAAUAUAAAGGGUUUUUUAAUGAAAAAUAACACUUAUUCGUCUAUUUUGUUGAGCCCCUGAUGAUGGCCGUAACUCUAGGGUGAGAAGGGACUUCCUUUGUGUUUCCUUUUGAAGUGCGGUUAGACUCGGGAAUGUGACUGUAAAAAUAACGCCCAAGGGCUCCCACGUUUCAUCACCCUGGAGCACCAGAUCCAGCCUGGCCUGUUUUGCAAGCCAGAGACAAUGGGGUGGUGCUGCCCGCUCUUGCGGGGAUAUGACAAUCACCUGGAUUCUUCCUAUCCUCCCCGGACCUGGAGAUUCUGCAGUUGGAUUGCAGCUAAUUCUGCAUGACCCUGUUGAUUCCAGCGCAUGGUCCCAUAGCUAUGCUGGUUCUUCAGGGCCAAAACUUGGUGUGGGUGAAAAGCCAGCAGCGCUCUAGCUUGGAAACGUGGUAUGCCAGCACUGAGUACAGAUCCUGCUUUAUUUCCAGUGACUACCGUGGUGUAACCGCACUUUGCAGGGCUCGUUUAUCAUGGCCUUUUAACUAGAAAUCUCCAGCCGUUUAGCUCUCCUGGGUCCCUACUGCUCUGAAGCCCCAGAAUCAUGUGGGUCGUCCUCUCCUGCAGUCCCCAGAACACUUAAAGCCAGAGGCUGUAUCAUUCCACCAGCGAAGUGAAGUCUGAGAACGGAGCAUUGCAUUGUCAUGCUUCUUUGAGGGAUGUCCGUAGUAUGGGGGGCUGCCACUGGCUGCUUUUAUUUCAAAUCCACUUGAAAAAGACAGACACUUAUAAAUAACGAUAGCCUGAGGGCUUCAUCUCGUCAGCAGGAGUAGGAGAAAUCUUUAGGGUUUGACGUGUUUCGGAAGGAUCUCAAGCUUUUGUAUAUGUAAAAUAAAGACUUGUCCAUCUGAAAAGGAA